AUGCACUUGGUAUCCCAUCCCCGCCCCCAGUCUUGCGAGGCGGAGGCAAACGCCGGAGCGGAUUCAAACUUGAGCCCUGCUCCCCCUCGGCCUUGCCCGGUGGACUCCAGCCUGGCUCACUCCCACCCGGCCGAUGCAGCCAUGUUGCUGCCUCCAUCCUCACAGUGCUGCAAAUCAGCAGCCCUACAGCAGAAGCUCGAGACGGUGGAGGCCAGCCUGGCAGCCAACAAGGACAGGAUCACUACUCUGCUUAACAUUAUCCAUGACCUGGAAACAUGCCACACUCCCACCAGUGGUCGGCGAUGCUUCAAAACUGGAAAGGACCUGAAGAACUUCUCGACCUGCCAGAAGACUGCUUGUAUAAUCUACAGUGUGGAGUACGACUUCAGGCAGCAGGAGAGACGCUUCAUGGAGGUUCUGAAUCGUUCUGCGGGUGGAAAUAAUGCCUUCUCCAUGCAUCUGUCCCCGCAUCUGAACUUCAGCCUGCUCAGAAAACUCAUCAUUAAGAACUUAACAAAGUCAAGAGUGAAAAGCAAAAAGCUGUGCAAGACUCUCUUCAAAUGGCUGCCCAGGAAAAUCCAGCAGGUGUAG